AUGGACGGAUUCGACAACACGUACCGCUUUGAGACCUCGUGGUGCCUCCCACCGUAUGCUCUCUGCGCUAUACGAGCCUUGUUUUCAAUCUACGCCUUCUUCGUCCUGUAUUCCGUUAUUGGCUGGCUUUGUGGCCACGACGAGCUCGGUGGCUGCUCAGCCGCUCUCCUCGAGCUUUCCCAUUUUAGCUUUCUCUCUUACUGGGGCAUCGCCUAUUACUUUCUGGUUUCGUCCGUCGACACUUUUAUUUACGCUCGCACCGGCACUGCUCUGCCCGACCGCUUGCCGCGAUCUCUCCAAAUCCUGCAUUGGGCCUUCCUUUGCGCUACAAUAACCGUCUAUCCCCUCCUUAUCACAGCUCUCUAUUGGGUCUGGGCCUCCCCGGCACAAUGGUUCCCUCUGAAAUUUGUGGCUUGGAACAGCUUGUCUCGGCAUGGCCUCAACUCGGCCUUUGCCCUCUUCGAGAUCGUCAUGACGCGCACAGCACCGCACGCCUGGGCACACGUUCUCUGGCUGCUCGCAGUCCUGGUCCUGUAUCUAGGACUUGCAUACAUAGCUCGCAUCACCACGGGCAUCUACGUCUACAGCUUCCUCGACCCGGCGCAGGUCGGAAACCGUGGUAUCGUUAUCGUAUUCAUGUCACACAUCGCUAUUGCCUGCGUUCUCAUCUUCAUCCUCGUUCAAGGCUUGAUCAUUAUGCGCAUAUGGUUGAUCGAAUGCAAGCUCGGCUUUGACGGCAAGUUUGCUCACGCUGACGCCAGUGACCGCGUUCGCAGCGUUGACAUCGAGCUGGUGAACUCUGCGCCAUCUGCCAAGAUUGCAGCUCGCUGA